AAAGGUCGCUGCAUUAAAGUCUACUAUAUGAGUGAGUGUGACAUAUCUGCACAUGUGUUGCAUGUGUGUUUGUGUGUGUAUGCAGAGUGUGUGUGCAGAGCAAUCACUAGCAACCCACGAUAUCACGAAUAGUGCGCCGCGUGCAACGUGCUAAAGGAUCACUCGCGCUGGUGGUGUGGCGAUUAAGCGAGCAAAAUGUGCAGCAGAAACGAAGCAAGCUAAGCGCGCAAAGCGAGAAAGCGACAGAAAGGGAGCUGCGAACGCAACCCCGCUCGGUGCAAAUGGGACAGAGCAGGCCGCGAAAUAGCAAACCAAACGAAUGAUAGAUCGUUGCUCAGCCUAGACAACACGCUGGCUGGCUGGCUUGCUGGUUGCUCGUGGUAGUAGGCUGCUGCUGCUGAUGGUGCUGCUGCUGGUGGAGGAGUGCUUCUGAGAGAGGCUUCAGCUGACUAUUAUGAAUUGAUUAUCCUGGGGCGUGACGAAUGGGCUCAGCCUCACUCGAGCUUUCACUCGCGGUUUUGCCAUUUUUUUCGAAUCCCCUUUUUUCUGUUGUUGCUGCUGUUGCUUCUGCUGAUGGUGGUUGGCUGGAUCAUCGCUAGCUCUAGCUAGUGAGAAUGUGUUACAGUGUGUGAGGUCGUGAGUGUCACCAUUCGUUCGUUCGUUCGUUCGUUCGGUUUGUCGACCUACAAUGGAUUAUUGCCAAAUUUGCACCAAACUAAUUGCACCAUUCUUCGCAGCGCGCUCAAAUGUCACCGAGAAGAUGGUUCCCUGAAGGUGAAGUGAAGUGAAGUGACCCAGAGGAAUCCCAGUGACGAGGAGUGGCAGACGAAGAGAGCAUCGGCAACAGGCUGGCAUCAUAAGAUGUACCGUUGUGUAGAGGCGCAAAAAGAGAAAAGAUAACUCACGUGACAAUAAGAGAUUAACGCUGCGGUGGUGGUGCUCCUGCUGCUGCUGCCCACCAAACACCAACUGUGAUCGCGAGGUAACAUUCGGAUCUAAGCUCCCGAUAGCGACGCACAGCAUCCCCAUCCCCUCCCUCGGCAAGUGGAUCAAAGUACCACUUCCCCCACUUGACCGAACUAUGCUAACGGAUCCGAAGCUGCGUACCGCGCUGACGGGGCUACCCAGCCCCAGCCCGGAAACCAUCAUCAAGCGAGAACCGCUGCUCGACUCACCGCUCGAUACCGGCAUCAACCGACCGGACCUAGACGAUCGUCUCCGGUUGCCACAUUGCACCGAUGGUCUGGUGCUCGGUUGCGAGCCGGGCGGCGGAGGCGUAGGAGUGCGUUCAGCGUUGCACUUCACCGGAGGACAGCUACCACUGCCGGUGACGGUUCCCCCGCUCCAGAACAAGCAGCCCCUGCAAGGAUUCGACCAGAUAUGGGGACCGGCGCGUACCGACAUGAGGGACCGGUUGCAGGCGUCCGUCAGUGGCAUGAGUCACUAUUGGCCACCGUACGAUAGUGAGCCGGCGGCAGCGGUCACAUCAGCCUCCAGCACCGCAGCUGUAGUGGAUCCUCCGCAAGACAUGGCGACAGCCGACGGUCACAUCUACACCCUGACCGUGCUGCACGAAUCCCCGGAACACGGCAUCGUCUGGCCUGACCAAAAUGCCCUGGACUCCCCGGUUCCGCUGGCUCCGGACAUUGUCGAUUCGAGCGCAGGAUACGAGCCGUCGGCUGUGGUCGAUUGUUUCAACUUUGAUGGGACGGGCUACGAUUUGGGCGAUUACUAUGCGGCCACUACUACCACCAGCAAACCACAAGUACAAUCGUCAUCGCAUCACCAGCAACAACAACAACAACAGAAUGGCUCCUCACCCUCCUCGCUCUCAGCCCAGCAACAUCAACCUGCGUCAGCCAUCAGCUUGCACAGUACAGUUGAGGGACUCCUGAACGAGAUACAGCUGACCAGCUUCUCCGAUCAGUCCGUAACGAGCCACAGCAACAACAGCAACAACAAUAACAACAACAGUUUGUACAAUGAACCGUCGUCGUAUCUGUACGACAACUUUGCCGUACCCGAUAGUUCCUCCUCGAGCCAUCAUCACAAUCAUCAUCAACAACAGCACCAACAACACAACCACCAACAACACAACCACCAUCAACAGCCUCUGCUGCCAUCGAUUUCGACGGUGUCGCUGGAUCCGAUGCCGAUGUCCUGCGGAAGUGACGCCAAGCUGGACACGAACAACAAUAGCUGCUCGCUUGGUGAGCUUACCUCACUGCCCCCUGCCACUGCCCCUCAGCCCAGCUCUAGCUCUAGUAGCAGCUCUAGCAGCAGCUCCAGUAGCAGCUCAAGUAGCAGCUCCAGCAGCAGCAGCAGUAGCAGUAGCAGCAGUUCCAGCUCGAGCGAUUCCGUAAAUGGUGGUGCCGGUGCCGGCGGUGGUCAGAAACGUGGCCGAUCGCUGCACUACUGUUCGAUCUGCUCGAAAGCCUUCAAGGAUAAGUAUUCGGUGAAUGUGCACGUGCGGGUGCACACGGGCGAGAAACCGUUCUCGUGCUAUCUCUGCGGGAAGAGCUUCCGGCAGAAGGCACAUCUCGAGAAGCACUACCAGACGCACCUACACCAGAAGAAUCUCACCAAGCGGCCAAAGGCGGCCAAGGGAGCGGCGAAGCAGCAGGAAUCGCAACAGCCACCUCCACCACCACCAACAGCGAACCAUCACCAGCAGGAACAGCAGAACCACCAUCACCAGCACCACCAUCAUCAGCAACUGCAGAUGGAGGCAGCCGAUCAGCAGCAACAGCAGCAACAGGCUUUACUCCUUGGCCAAGUGAUAGGCAAUUGUUGAGAGAAAGAGAGAG